CAUCUAUCAUCUAACAUUUACCUCUCUACUUGUGUGUGUUUUUUCUCCCAUCCAUAACCAAAAUGAACCAAUCCCAGGAUUUGAGCCACCAAGCUGGCCAGAAAAUGGGCCAAGCUCAGGAGAAGACCAGUCAGAUGGCUGACAAGGCUAGGGAAACUGCACAAUCUGCUAUGGAUUCAAUGCAACAGGCUGGGCAGCAGAUGCAGGCCAAAGCACAAGGCGCAACAGAUGCCAUAAAGGAUACAAUGGGGAUGAACAAAUGAAACUUCUGCUGCUUGAUCCCAGACCGCACCUCUCCGGCACCUACAAUAUUCAUCUUUUGAGCUUUAGUUUUAUUUUUUGGCAACAUUUUCUUAAAUUUGCUCAUAUGUUCUUGAGCUACAAUUUUCAGUUUCAAUAAUUUCUACAAGUUUUAUUUUUAGCCAUUUGUACAAUAAAAUUUGGGAUGUAAUAAUGGUGC